AUGGCGAAGGUCAGCGGAAUCAGCGACAAAUUCGCCAUCGACGCGCUCAGGAAGGCGCUCUGGUACAAGUCGAAGUUCAGAAAGUGGAUAACGCUCGAGAAACCUCGCACAAUCCAGGACGCCCUCCACAAAGCCUCGGAUUACGUAAUGAUCGAAGAAGAGACGAAAGUCCUGUCCCAAAAACAUAAGCCGACAAGGAACUCUUCGAAAGACGUGGAUCCAAAAUCAAAGAAGAAAACCUCUCGUCAGUCCACGGCUAACUGCAAAGUCGUAGGGGCCAGGCUGGCCGCAAAGCUGCUUGCUGGAGAACUUUCUGGAGUAACCAGCGUCAAGGUUCUAAUCCUCGACUCCGACCGUCCGCUAAAAACCAGUAAGAAUCCUCCCGCGGAAAACUCGUCGUCGAGAAAUCAGGCCGGGGAAAAACGCGAGAGAAGAUUGGACGAUAGGGGGAAUGACAACUCCCUCAGGAGGGUCAACAUGAUCAUGGGAGGAUCCCAAUACGGCAAGGACUCGGUCUCGACUACGAAGUAUCCCCCACGGUCGCCUCCUCGAGACGGACAGAACACCUCGAUCACAUUCACUGAGGAAGAGGUCUGUGGAAUCGAUCAGCCUCACUGCGACCCCUUGGUCGUCGAUCUCGUGAUAAGAGAUCUCGAAGUCGCAAGGAUACUCAUCGACACCGGAAGUACGGUAAACUUAAUCUUCCGCGAUACCUUAAGAAGGAUGGGCGUGGAGCUCGGAGAAGUCACCCUGCUACCCGUCAUAGCAAAAAACGUUACCAAGAUAGUUGACUUCGCGGUGGUAGAUAGCCCGGAUAUUUGCAACGGGAUCAUCGGAACUCCAUGGCUAAACGCCAUGAAGGCCGUUCCCUCGACUGGAGUCGCCGCAAUCUGGGGUUGUCAAAAACAGUCGCGACUUUGUUUCCUAGCAGAGCAUAAGUUAAGGCAGUUCACGACGACCUCCACGGUUAAACGCAAGCGAACUCAGCCUUCCGCCGAGGAUGCCCCGACAAAGGGCACAGCAACAUCUCCCGCUGAAGCAGAUUCGGAGAUCGGAACCAUCCCCAACUUUGAAGACGACGUCACAACUCAGCGGGAAAAGAAAAAUCCCGAGGUGGAUGUCCACCCCGCGACUAAAGCGGUCGACAAGAAACCAACCGACGAGUAA